AUGGCAACAGCCACGAUGUCCAGCUCGCUGUCCCGAGCCUUUACAAGCGCACCCAAGAAACCCCUCGUGGUUUCAGCACCCAUGCCCUACCGCGAAGGCCAGCUCAAAUUACCCGCAGGCACCAUCAAACGCAACGAGAUCUCUCUGCCCGUGCAAUUGCUCUCAACUACAAACCUGCUCGCAUACACCGCACCCGAUCUCGAGAAACCACGUCACAAGCUCCAAUACCGUGAUCAACACCAGCAACACCAGCAACACCAGCAACAAUCGCAGACAACGUCAACGUUGAAGAAAACAUCCGCAUCGUCUGCCAAUUCCUCCUCGUCCUCCUUCCGCUCCGCUGAAGAUUCAGAUGUCACUACAAACUCCUCAGCGGCAUCCGUAUCUUCCUCAUCCUUUGUCCAUACCUCCAGCAAUACCCCCCUUAUAUCCCCUGAAAUGUCUUCGGCAGAAGAACACUCCCCCGUCGCGCCAGAACCAAACCAUCUAUCCGGGUACUUCAGUAAGCCUGCCCGCUCCAGCUCUACCGACGAGGCCCACCGCCACCGCUCCUCCAUGUCCUCGUCAAUCUCCUACGCAACGCCCAAGCUACCACGGAGAUCCAUAUCGCAUACCAAGAAAUUGCAUCAGGAAAUCGCGCGCCAGCGCUCAAUAUCACGGAGCAGUAGCAGCAGCAGCAGCAGCACCACCACCACCACCACCACCACAACCACCACAGGACCACCGCCAACUUCGCUCACACACUCCCACUCCCUCUCCCUCAGCCGCAGCCGCAGCCACAGUCGUAGCAACAGCCACAGCUCCAGCGCACGGCUAAGCACAGAACGCCUCCGCCCGCUCCCCGAAUCAACCACCCUCCCCCCACCCUCCACCUCCCUAUCAACCCAACAGCACCCCUUCGGCAAGGAACUCGAACAGGUCAACGAAGUCGCGGAGGAGUUUGGGUUCGGGGAUCGUGCGGCGCAUAUCGCGCCUACGACGACGGUGACGGUGACGGCGACGGCGACGGCGACGGCGAAUGAUGCGAUGUUCCUGGAGGAUGAGAGGGUGCUGGCUUCGAAGGGGCUACGUAGGUUUGCGGUGGAGGAGUAUGCGGUGGAGGUUGAGGAAGUUUAUCGGGCUAUUUUUGAUGAAGGGUUUGUGGGUGGGGGGGAUGUGUGGAUAUAG